AUGUGGUUUCAUUCUCAUCCAGGCUAUCCCUCUAAGUGCAAGUAUACACCCAGUGAUCUCUUCCACCUGCACUUAGCGCUAUGCUGUAUCCCCACCGAUCCCUAUGAGCAGGAACAGGCGGAGGAGGCACAGCCAGGUGGAUCUCGGCCCAGCAUCUUUCGAGUCUCGGCGGGGUUCAAUAAUCUUUGGAAUGCUGGCCACCACGGAAAGUCUAACGAGGCGAGAGCACACUUCUUUGUCCAUAUUUCCUUCCUUUGCGAUAUUCCUGCAAACUUCCUCUGCAAACGUCUGCCUGAACCGCUGACAGACGACUCACUUUCGUUCUAG